UUUGCUGCUGAUGCACAAAAUCCUGGUCAGCGUCCUCGUAAAGUACGCAAACAGGCGUCUGUUGAUUCUGGAAAUGAAGCAAGCUCUGAAGACAGCAAUGACAGUAACAAAUAUGAUAAAGAAUUUAAACGUGGCUCGAAGGAUGGGAAGCCACCUCCAGCUGACACAGUCAGCCAGCCCACCUCUACAAGGACCUCAUUCUCACUUCUGGGUCUCAUGGGUCCUGAGGAGACAGCAGAGUGGACAGGCGCAGAUCAGUCUCUGUUCCGUGCUUUGCACAAAGUUUUCCUUAAUAACUAUUGUGCUAUUGCACAGAUCAUGCUCACAAAAACAUGUCAACAGGUAUAUGAAUUUGCUCAGAAGGAAUCAGCUGAUAUAAUUACAGAAGAAUCGCUUAAAGAUUUCACGCCACCACGCAAGAAGAAGAAGAAGCAUAGAUUGUGGUCAAUGCAUUGCCGGAAGAUUCAGCUGAAGAAAGAUUCCAGCUCAAACCAUGUUUAUAACUUUACACCCUGUGAUCAUCCCAAUCAACCGUGUGACCAGUUGUGUCCCUGUAUUGGUGCCCAGAACUUCUGUGAAAAGUUUUGCCAAUGUAGCUCUGACUGCCAGAACCGCUUCCCCGGUUGCCGUUGUAAGGCACAGUGUAACACAAAACAAUGCCCAUGUUACUUAGCUGUUCGUGAAUGUGAUCCAGAUUUGUGUGUUACAUGUGGAGCUGAGCAAUUUGAUAUUUCCAAAAUUUCUUGUAAAAAUGUCAGUGUUCAGCGUGGAUUACAUAAACACCUGCUAAUGGCACCAUCUGAUGUUGCUGGAUGGGGGAUAUUUCUUAAAGACAGUGCGCAGAAAAAUGAAUUUAUUUCAGAAUAUUGUGGCGAAAUCAUAUCACAGGAUGAAGCAGACCGGAGAGGAAAAGUUUAUGACAAAUAUAUGUGUAGCUUCCUCUUUAAUUUGAAUAAUGAUUUUGUGGUUGAUGCAACUCGCAAAGGAAAUAAAAUACGCUUUGCUAAUCAUUCUAUAAACCCUAAUUGUUACGCAAAAGUUAUGAUGGUGAAUGGGGACCACAGAAUUGGUAUUUUUGCUAAACGUGCCAUACAGCCUGGAGAAGAACUGUUCUUUGAUUACAGGUAUGGACCAACUGAACAGUUGAAGUUUGUGGGAAUUGAGCGAGAGAUGGAAUUCUUAUAAAAUGUUGAUCUUUUUUGACAGCUGCAUUUAGUUUUGCAAUUGAAUUUGAAUUGCUAUGUAUUCAUAUUUAUUGUUGUGACCUUUUGAGAAGUGGACACCUUAUAUAAAGGCAUUGAAUUAAUGAACAAAUUGAAUGUAAAUAAUGAUUACAUUGUUGGCAGUAUCUGCAUAAGCCAUAACAGAACAUUUUUAUUGUUGUCAUACCAAGUUGUAACCUGUGUUUGUUAUAUAUUGUCAAAAUGUAUGUCUGAGAUUUCCUUUUAAACUGUGUGUUGUUGAAUGUUAUAGCAAUUUGUGUGAAGCUUCUGGGAAACCCUCAGAGCAAUUUUUUUUUACUGCAUUUAUUUACUAUGAUGUUGCUUUUAUUUCUUUGGAUUAUUUAGGAUUAGGCUCCUGAAAGUAGCAUUUGUAGUAGUGAAUCAGAAGUGGUACUGUUGCAGUUAUAGAAACAGCAAUGCUCUCUGGUAUGUGCACAUUUGAUUAGUUACUGUGCCAUAGAGUACAAAGUCUGUAUGAGACAACAAAACAAAUUAGGACUUGGAGUGUUAUCAUACAGUAUAAAGAUUCCUGCAGAAUGCAGUUGACAGAA